AUGUCAGUAGCCAACACUGAUCCACGCGAUAGGAUUACACGGGUACCGACCACCUCACUCGAGGAGACGGGCACACCUCCUACACCGUCUGACGAAUACAAAGAGAAGGACAUUGAAAACUCCGCUGAUGAAGAGGGGCUAGAACCAGCUUACGUCGCAAUACUGGAGAAGGAGGAACUUACCCCUGAUAGGGCUUUUACAGUCGGAGUUGAAGGAGAUCAAUCGCCUUUUCCAGAAGUUGCGGCUUGUGUUCCAAAUUGGGAUAACACAACGGCUCUUUGUAACACUGUCAGAGCCUGGAUACUAGUGACAAUCUUCGUUAUCAUUUUCGCUGGUGCUAAUCAGUUUUUUGGCCUUCGAUACCCAUCUUUAAGUAUCGGCUACGUUGUAGCUCAAUUGUUAGUUCACCCCAUAGGAAAAGCCUGGGAAAGACUUCCACAAUGGGUUGUACCUCUCGGACCAUUCUCAUUCUACAUCAAUCCAGGAAAGUGGUCGGUCAAAGAACAUGCGCUUGUGGCAAUCUGUGUAAAUUUAACUGGAGGAACCGCAUAUGCAAUGGGCUCUCUGGUUGCCAUCAUCAGUCCUGUAUACUGGGAUCGCGAUUACGGACCAGGUUUCUCAUUCCUAUACUUAUUGACUACUCAAGCUUUGGGUUUCGGACUUGCAGGUCUCGCUCGAAGAUGGUUGGUUUACCCUGCCGCUCUUAUCUGGCCAUCGUCUCUUGCUUCGACAGUUCUUUUCAGAACUUUACACGAGAAACAAGACCACUCUCCGGCCAACGGCUGGACUAUUACACGAUACAAGUAUUUCAGCUUUCUCACUUUGGGUGCUUUCGCUUGGUUUUGGUUUCCCGAUUACAUCUGGACCUCUUUGAGUACCUUUGCUUUCGCCACUUGGAUCGCUCCGAACAAUCAGAAAGUAAACACUCUGUUUGGGAUGAACUCUGGUUUGGGUUUGAUACCCAUAAGUUUCGAUUGGACUCAGAUCACUUACGCCAAUUCAUCUGGAUCGCCUUUGACCACCCCUUGGUACAUCACCUGUAACGCAUUUGCUAUCGUCGUAAUAUUCUAUUUGUUCCUCUCACCAAUCCUGUAUUACACCGAUGUCUGGCACAGUUCCUAUCUCCCGCUGCUUUCAAGUAGUACAUUCGAUAAUACUGGUAAAACGUACAAUGUCACUCGUGUUGUCAACAAGUUGACGCUCGACUUUGAGCUUGAAAAAUACAAACAAUAUUCACCCAUGUAUAUCAGCAUGUCCUAUUCUUUGACAUAUGGAUUAUCAUUCGCCGCUGUAACAGCCGUGGUCUUCUAUACUGUUUUGUAUAACGGUAAAGAAAUUUGGGCAAAAUUCAAAGAUUCCAAACAUGGAGGAGAAGAUAUUCAUAAAAGAUUGAUGGCCUCUUACAAAGAAGUCCCAGAUUGGUGGUAUGGUAUUUUGACUGUCGUGAUCUUGGGUUUAGGUAUAUUCACCACAACUUAUUGGGAUACCGGUUUACCUGCUUGGGGUUUCAUCUUUAUCUGUUUUGGAAUGGGUGUAACUUUGAUCGUCCCCGAAGGUAUCUUGGAAGGAACAACUAAUCAGCGAAUCUUCUUGAAUAUCAUUACAGAAUUUAUCGCGGGAUAUAUUUGGCCCGGUAAACCAAUCGCCAAUAUGAUGGUUAAGAUGUACGGCUAUAAUACCGUAAAACAUGGUAUGGAUUUCGCUCAAGAUCUCAAAUUGGGUCAAUACAUGAAAAUUCCUCCUCGAACAUUGUUUUUCGCUCAAAUAUAUUCGACAGUCCUUGCCGCCGCUGUUCAGACGGGUGUGCUUCGAUGGAUGAUUGGACACAUUGACAAUUUAUGUUCGCCUACCAAUGUCAACCGAUUUACCUGUGCCGGUGCUAAGGUAGUGUACAACGCCUCAAUCAUUUGGGGAACAAUAGGUCCGCAAAGGAUGUUUCAGUCUGGUCAGAUAUAUAAUGGAUUAGUGUAUUUCUUCCUUAUUGGACCUAUCGUGACUGUUCUCGUCUGGUUGCUUUAUCGUAGAUAUCCCAACAGCUGGAUCAAAUACGUCAAUGUACCUGUUUUCUUCAAUGCUGCAGGCAAUAUUCCACCUGCGAAUACAACUCAGUACUCGUUGUGGUUUAUCUUCGGGUUCAUUUUCAACUACUUGAUUAGGAAAAGAGCAUUUGAGUGGUGGAAGAGAUACAACUAUCUUACGCAAGCCGCGAUGGAUACUGGAACAGCUUUAGCCACUAUCAUCAUUUUCUUCGCCCUGAGUUAUAACGGUAUUACCCUCACCUGGUGGGGUAAUACAGUUGGAAAAAAUACGAUGGAUGCCAAGGGGACUCCUUGGAAAACAGUCCCCACAGGAACCCACUUCGGUCCUGGACCAGGAGAGUUUUAG